CCUCUAUAAUAACAGGAUUCUUGUGUAGCUCGUCCACUCUUCGCUCUUGCUGAACGACAGAAUCAAACAAAGAUGAAGCUGGUUUUCCUUUUGGUUGUUCUUGUCCCACUGGCUUUUGCCAUGCCCGAGGAGCGCAACAUCCACGACAUUUUAUCUUCAUUGGGAAGCUGGUUGCACAUCAGUGAACUGAAAUCCGUCGUACAGACAAUCGUAGACAAUAUCGGACUGGACGAAAGUGAGGCACAGUGCGAGAAAGCCUGCCCCAAUCUGUUCCACAACUCCAUCGGGGUGUCCGCCUGCAGAGUCGCAUGCAAAGGAUCCCAGGAGCUUGCUCACCACUUCCACAUUGUCCCAUCCACAAACUAAGAUGUCAGUUGGAAAUAUUUGAGCUUUAUGCAAUAAACGAGAUACCGUCUAAAAAUGUAAA